AUGGUGGCUCUAGCUACCCCCUUCAUUUACCUUCAUUUUCAUUCCACAGACUCCAAGCACCCUUUCUGCAUCUGCUCCUCAGGCAUCCCCGGCGGCAUCUUUGCAGGAGACAUCAUGCCGGGACAACAAGAGAAGGAGAAAUUCCUCAAGUCAGUCAGAAUGAUGUUUCGUUUGCCGUUGCUCUUGAGUGCCCUGACUCUCUAUUCAGCCUUCGGAUGGGUCGCUUUCGAAAUGCAACCUCAGCACCCAGAUUACGGAGGGAAAUGUUACCUGAAGAAUUACCGAAAGGCACUGAGUUUCCAGGAGUCUUGGAAGCCAAGUGAUGAAUGCAUGGAGAUCCGCUGUUCGGGUCCGACCACCAUGCCUGACGGGAAGGCUGCCUUCUCGCUCGAGUAUGUCGGAUGUGGAGCUGUGUCAGCGAUGAGUCCUUGCUAUGUGACGAGCGAGAACCCUCGGCUCUCCUAUCCGGAAUGCUGCCCUCAAAUCGUCUGCCCAUGAAGACCGUCGGUUCCCUUCUUUCAUUCCCCGAGUGCCGACUUGGGAUCUUCUGUCCUGGUCUCUCAAGAGUCCCAUGCGACAGAGCGCUUCUUAUUUUUUACAUAUCACAUUCCACCGUUUAUUUGUCUCACGUUCCCACUGAGUGUGCAAGUACUUGAAUAUUGUACAUUAUAAAAAAGUAACAUUGUGGC